GGGUGGCGUGACCUUGGGAGGGGAGGGAUAGGUGAGCGGCGAGAGGCCUCUUCUCACUCGAGCACCGGCGGCCGAACGAAACACACUCGAUCUUCUGCUCUACUCCGUGCAUGCUCCCCUGACACCAUGAGGUUGACAGUUGGGUCACAGGUGGGUGGUUUCUUGACCGCUAUUCUAUGGAUACCUUUGGUGGCAUCUAGCCCUCCUCGAUGGCGAGCUUAUACUAGCAGCAGCUACUAUUACACGGACUAUACAUUCCCCAAACCACAGUCCAAGCAUAAGUUUGUUCCAGGACCUCAGUACUGCCCAGAUACUGGAAGAACCAUCUGCAAAGGUGUGCGCAAUUAUCCAGAUGAGCACAUUUAUCAGUUGGUGAGUAGUACUAAAGCCAGACGGUUCAACUUCACUACGGUGUUUGUGGACGAGCGUGAUGGGGAUGUGGAACCGAACAACGAACUUCUGCCCGAAGGUCCUCCUAAAGUUCAGCACGACGGAUAUGUGGUGUACCAAACAGCGGUGCACUAUGAUUACCAUCUGCCCAGCGCGUCAGUCCCUUGGAGAUAUGCAGCUGCACCAGCUGCUACAACGAUCAACACGCAGACGAUACAUAGACGGAGAAGACCCAUUAUUCGGCGUCAACUGGAAAACGUAGAAAAGCCGGUGUGUUCAGCCAAGACACGCUACGUGCCUCCCCAAGCAGCUCUUAAUGACAACUCUGAAUGGAAAUACAUUGUGAAUGUCCAGAAUAAAGAUGUCCGAUUCCGACAGAUCAUAAGAGUGGAUGUCUGCGAAUCUCCAGGGCAACCUUGUACCAGUGAGCUAUCUUUGCCUUUCGGAUAUGCGAGCCAGUGCAAGCAAAAGUUCAUCAAGAAAAAGUUGCUGGCUUUGGACGCGGAUGGCCAAGGAACAUCUGUCGAGAACUUCUUCAUCCCUUCCUGCUGUGUGUGCACUUUGACGAGGACGACACAGAGACGAUGACGUCAGUGCAGGAAAAAAAGACCGAGAAAUACUGUGAUAAUAAAAAUAAACAGUCAAUUAAAAAGGAGGGUGGAUUGAACUUUUACCACAAAGGAAAUGUGUCGUUCCAUAUAUAUAUAUAAAUAAAUAUUAAAAAAAAAGUUAUGAAGGAACGAAACACUUGGUUAUUUGUUUUCUGCAUGGUUUACGUGAUUUGAAAUCGAAACGAAAUGGUUGACAUUUGUGCAAUUUUAUGAUAUGAUUCAUUCGGUGUCGAGCUACUGGAAUGUGAGGUUGUUUUUUUUUAUCGUAUAAACAUGGUGUUUUAUGAGAUAAUCUUACUCUUAUAUUUCAUAAAAAAAAGGAAGAUUUUUAUGCCUUUAUGAUACAGUGCCUUACAUUUGAAUCUGGCCAUUAAAUUAGAGCACUGAAUUAUGAACUGACAGAAUGCAACUUUUGGAUACACAAAAUGCAAGACAAGCAGCUCAUCGAAAAAUCUUCGAGACGUCAGAUGAUAUGCUGUUUUUGUCACUAUUAUUUUUAUAUCUUUGGGAAAUUCCGAAGAUUAUUAUUGUUUUGUGGUAAAACAUUAUUUUCUAUUAUAAAUUACUGUAUUUGGAUGGAUUAUUACAUAUUAUGUGUGACUGUGGUUUAUAAUAAUCAAAAUGUCUUUCUUGUCAGUGUAUUUUUGUCGAAAGUAAAUGUUUUUAAGUAAUUUGUUCAUUUUAAUGAAUUAUUGAAAUGUUUUUGAGUUGAAUAAAUAGCUUGUGUGUUUUA